AUGUCGCAGGUCCCCGCGGCUUCACAGGCGUCAUGGUCCUCCAUCACCUUGUCCGCCUUGUCUUCGCUUUCCAGUGCUGACGCGGCUGCCACGACAGCGGCAAGUGCAGUCAAGUCAAGUGCAACCGUAGCAUCUGAUGCUGCAACGGCAGCUACAGCGGCUGCCUCGUAUGCUGAUGAGCGCAAUCCAAUCAUUGCCCUCAUCGAUGGACUUCUUCGAGUCGUGCUAGCCUCGCUCAACCUCAUUCGAAUCUUGGCCACUUUCUCGACCAUUACCGUUCCUAGCUUGGUCUACACCAUCCUUCACUACAGUCUAACGCUACAGCUCAACUUCCCCUCACUGGCUCUUCUAUUCCUCACGUCGCUCGUCUCGGCCUUCAUCUGGCUUCGAUACCGUCACCUCAACAAGUACGAGCGUCUCCGUGAAGUGCCACUCACCCGAGACGAAGGAUUCAACCUCAAUCCAGAUGUAGCCUCGGCAGGAGGUGACAACGAUCGUGGCAGCUUUCACAACUACCUCGACGAUUUCCUCCAGGCCAUCCGCAUCUUCGGUUUCCUCGAAAAGCCCGUCUUCCACGAACUCGCCAGACAUUUGCAAACUCGGAGACUCGUUGCCGGCGAUAGCCUUUCACUCGACACCGACUGCUCCUUUUACAUCGUCAUCGAUGGUCACGUGCAGGUCUUUGCUCCUUUGCCUGCCAGUACAGCGAGCGCUGUCGGCCAAGACUCUGUCGAGGAUGAAGACGAUAGUGGCUAUCAGCUGCUCAACGAGGUCGAAAGUGGAGGUACGCUUAGCAGUCUCUUCACUAUCCUAAGCCUUUUUACCGAAGAUGUCAAGCUCUCGUUUGGUGACGAUGACUCUUAUCUUGGACCACAUCACGCCGGCGCAUCCAAUAUGGACCGUCACUUCGGCACCAGCGCAGGACCAUACCGGUCACGAGGCAGCAAUAGGGGCACUGCCGGUGCAGAAAACUUGACAGCGCCAAUCUCUCCUUACUCCUCAGCCUUCAACGCACCAUCUCAGACAGCUGCUCAACUUCAGCUCAACGCUGCUGCUCUCCGCAACGUCCCUGCUGCCAUUUCCACCGAAGGCGCUGUGGAAAGACUCGGCGGAUCUGCCAUGCGUGCUGGCUCCAGAUCGUCUCACUCGCGCACCGCUUCUUCCGGAACCGGCUCCAUGACUGUGCAAGAUGGCGACACGAGCACCAUCAUGGAUCCUCACGAGAACCUAGAUGACAAUGGCACAAAUUCUCUUGGCCAUGCUCCAGACCUUCAGAUGCCUCCAGCACAGGCUUCGGCUCCUUUCUCUCACUUUGCACCUGGCUGCAAUGCUUCUUCAGCAGGGACGUCAAUGUCCAACGUACCGAGCUCGUCGCAGUCUCCUCAAUUCCGUGGACGUGCCACAUCGAUUCAUGCCUUGCAUGAAGGUCUUGGCGGACCCAGCACGCCCGGGUCCGUUCUCAGCAAUAUGAGUUAUAGCGCGCACGGCCAUUCGGCUCGUACUGGCGAUCCCAUACACCGACAAGGCGCAGGGACUGUUGCACGUGCUACUGUCGACACCACAUUGGCAGUCAUCCCUGCAGAGGCCUUCAAGCGUCUCACCAAGAAGUUCCCGAACGCAGCUGCCCAUAUUGUGCAGGUUAUCCUUGCACGACUUUCACGAGUCACGUUCCACACUGCACACAAGUACCUCGGCCUGACGAAGGAAGUCAUGCGCACGGAAAAGUCGAUCAACGAUCUCGCUUGCUUCCCGCUGCCGUCCGAGUUCUACGAGAAGGGUGGCAUGGACAAGCUCCGCCAUCGCUUCCUACCUCAGCCCACCUCUAAACGUGAUUCGACGUCCGUCUACGGCGAUGAUGACUACUUCCGCAACUUUCAGGAAUGGACUUCUACCACUCAACGCAGCACCACACCCAUGCCAAGCGCAGCGCGCGACACUGAUGGAACUAGCAGUUCGCCAAGGGUAAGAAUCGUCACAGAGCAGCCAAACCUCACAUCAAGCCCGAAACAGACAGAUAGAAAAGCUGCUCCGCCUUCUCGCAUUUCGACUGCAAAGACGCCAUGGGGCCAUCCUGACCCUCCUCUCAAGACCCCAACCGCACGCAAUAUGGUUGGACCAGGUGAUCUGCUCAGCAUGGCCAGCCUGAGUGAGAACGGAUGGCACAAUAGCGGCUUUGAUAUGCAUUCGGCUCAGCCGACUCCGCGCGCCAAGCCAUGCUCUGUUUCGAAACUCGAACCCUUCCACGGACCUCUGCCUCAUCCCAUGGACGACUCUACCAGCGGCACCAGCCCACGAUCCGGUGUGUCUCCGGUUCCUAGGCGCAACGGGACAGCUGGCAGCGAUGUUAUGGAUGGCGACUCACCUUUCUCGCACAUCGGUCUAGCGCACUUUGAUAUCAAGAACGAAGUCAUGGACUGCAUCGCUAAGAGUAUCGGUCUCGCUCAAGCUGCCAACUCGCCCAUUGCUACCAGCUACCAAGCUAGUCCGCACAUUAAUGCUCAAGACUCAUUGCUACAGCGAUCGGUAUUCAAGUCGGCCUUCAGCUCGCUCAGUAUGCUUGACGCCGCUAUGGCCGAAGAGGAGAGUAUGACCGGCACCAACAGCUCCAUGGCUGGACAUGGACCAUCAGGUUUCCACCUUUCCGACUUUGAGAACGAAGUCGAGAUCAAGUUCUUCCCAGCUGGAAGCACGCUGGUGAAGGCUGGAGAAAGUCGGGCCGGGUUGUUCUACGUCAUCGAUGGCUUCUUGGACGUCCUGCUGCCUGCUGAAGCCAAUGAGCUGGAAGAGGAGGACCGGAAGGUGCCCAGCAGCAAAGCCAACGCUAAAGGGCGUAGCGCUGGUCUCACGCCACACCUGGAUAAAGCCAGCUCGCAUCACAAGGCUCCCUCGACUGCUUCGUUGUGCACGGGCAGCACCGAUGAGGCUUCCUCUUUCGAUGUCUCCGCAUCUCGAUCGCACCGCAGGGGCACCGAUGCUGACCGCACCAAUAGCGUUGGAAACAGCGCUACAUCAUCCCUGCAUCGGCCUCAGGCGCCGGAAGGCUCAUCUUCGUCGACAUCGUUCGGCACUCUUGCUGGUGGAGCGCGAAGACGUCCUAUCGAAUCAGCCAAGGUCGGCAACGCGCUCGACGGCACUGGGGGUACAGGCAAGUCCAGCUCACGCAAGCCUAGCAUGACCUCGAACGGGACGGCAGGCACGACUUCGCAUCGCCCUUCGGAUGCAACCGUUACACAGACUCCUGCCUCUGCUAGACCUGCCCCUCGUCCACUACUGAACCAAAUCCCUCGUGCCACCAAUGCACAACAGACCAAUCACCGCUCAAAGGACGGCAAGCGCUCCAUCUUCACGGUCGGACGCGGAGGCAUCGCGGGCUAUCUUUCAAGUCUGCUCGGUACAGCGAGUUAUGUCGACAUCACAGCCAAGACCGAUGUCUAUGUCGGUUUCUUGCCCGCACAUGCCCUUGAGAGGAUCAUGGAGCGUCGUCCCAUCGUACUGUUGACACUCUGCAAGCGAUUGUUGAGUUUGCUUCCACCUUUGAUCUUGCACAUCGACUCGUCGCUCGAUUGGCAGCAAGUGAACGCCGGACAGGUCAUCUAUAGGGAAGACGACCCAUCGGAUAGCUUCUUCAUUGUCAUCAACGGUCGAUUGCGAGCCAUCACCGAGAAGAGUAAUGGUAUCGAGGUGCAUAACGAGUACGGUCAAGGCGAUAGCGUUGGCGAGCUUGAUGUCAUUACCAACUCGAGGCGAAGGACCACACUGCAUGCUAUCCGCGACUCAGAGUUGGCCAAGAUGCCUUCAACGCUGUUCAACGCUAUCUCGGUUCGACACCCUGCGAUCACGAUUCAAAUUUCUCGCAUCAUUGCGAGAAGAGUGCGCGCUGAGUUGAUCAGAAGCAAGCAAGAAGGUGCUGCGCUGGGUGCACCUAUCCCUGGUCUACCUGAUCUGGGCAGGAACAACCUCAACCUCAAGACGGUGGCCAUUGUGCCAGUCACACGCCAAGUACCCGUCAUUGACUUUGCAGCCAAGCUACAAGCUGCAUUCGACGACACGAUUGGCGGUCGAGCCAUCUUCCUCGAUCAAAGCAGCGUGAUGGGUGUUCUUGGUAGGCAUGCCUUCAGCCGGAUGGGAAAGUUGAAGCUGGCCGGUUGGCUAGCUGAUUUGGAGCAGAAAUACAGGAUGGUAGUCUACGUGGUGGAUACGCCCGUCUCUUCAGCUUGGUCUCAAACCUCGAUCCGACAGGCUGAUUGCGUCUUGAUGGUCGGCUUCGGAGAUGAACCGGCCAUGGGCGAGUACGAACGCUUGCUGAUGAGCGUCAAGACCACCGCCCGCAAAGAGCUGGUCCUGCUUCAUCCCGAUCGAAGUGUACCGCCAGGCUCAACGAGAGAGUGGCUGAAGAACCGACCCUGGGUUCACGCACAUCAUCAUGUUGAGAUGCAAGGUUUGAGUGGAUCACAUGGAGUUGCUUCAGCCAUGUCGCACGGCGGAGAUCCAAAAGCCGUCAAGGCUUUGCGCAAUCUCAAGCAGAAGCUCGAGACGUCGCUGCAGAGAUAUCGAAAGACUAAGACUCCGCUUUCUGCGUCGGGCAGGCCACAUCAUGCAUCGGACUUCGCAAGGCUGGCUAGAAGAUUGUGCGGCAUGAGCAUUGGGUUGGUGCUUGGAGGAGGUGGUGCAAGAGGGUGUGCCCAUCUAGGUGUGAUCCGAGCAUUGGAGGAAAGAGGCAUUCCGAUCGAUAUGGUCGGUGGUACAUCUAUCGGUUCACUGGUUGGAGGGCUGUAUGCGAGAGAAGCGGAGAUGGUCUCGACUUUUGGACGUGCGAAGCGAUUCGCUGGUCGCAUGGCUUCUCUUUGGCGUUUCGCAUCGGAUCUCACCUACCCAGUGGUAUCCUAUACCACGGGUCACGAAUUCAAUCGCGGUGUAUUCAAAGCUAUUCAAGAGACGCACAUCGAGGACAUGUGGAUCCCAUUCUUCUGCAACACCACCAACAUCACCUGGUCUCGAAUGGAGGUUCACACCUCUGGCUAUGCUUGGCGCUAUAUCCGUGGGUCAAUGACUCUUGCUGGUCUCAUCCCGCCCUUAGUCGACGAAGGAAACAUGCUGGUCGACGGAGGAUAUGUUGAUAACUUACCAGUGACAGUUAUGCUGGCUAUGGGAGCACGCUCGGUAUUCGCAGUAGAUGUAGGUUCGAUUGAUGACACGAGUCCACGGGCUUAUGGAGACACUCUUUCAGGCUGGUGGGUCCUGCUCAACAGAUGGAACCCUUGGUCUGACGCUGGCAAGAUUCCUUCCAUCCCCGAUAUUCAAGGUCGCUUGACGUACGUCAGCUCAGUCAAGACGCUGGAAGAGGCCAAGAAGGUCAAAGGUUGCUUUUACAUGCGCAUGCCCGUGGAGGAGUUUGGUACGCUGGCUUUCGGGAGAUUCGAUACGAUCUAUGAGAAAGGCUACAAGGCAGCCGUGGAGCUGUUGGACGGCUGGGAUAAGGAGGGGAAGCUGCCGAGUGGUGUGGAGAGAGACGAGGAUGAGUAUGAUGGUGAGGAUGAAUCUGGAGGGAAGGGUGGCAGGAGGAUGAGGAGGAGAGGUGGUGGAGUCAGUGCUAGGAGGAAUAGUAUUUAG